UUGCGUUCGCGGGCCGCCCGGGGCGCUACGCUAUGCAUCUCAGCUACGCCGCUUCCAGCCCAGAGUGGGGGAACUAAGCCUUUGCUGCGUUGAGUUGGCUGUACGGCCGUCAUCCGCACAGCGGCUCGCUUGCAGGCGGAGGAAUCAGGGCCCUACUGGGCCUCCGUAGUCGCUUCUCUGUAGUGGGCGUGGCCAAGGCUCGGGUGACCCUGCCGGAGCCGCCGCUGCCAGCGACAUGUUCAAGGUAAUUCAGAGGUCCGUGGGGCCAGCCAGCCUGAGCCUACUCACCUUCAAAGUCUAUGCAGCACCAAAAAAGGACUCACCUCCCCCAAAUCCCAUGAAGAUUGAUGAGCUUUCACUCUACUCAGUUCCCGAGGGUCAAUCUAAAUAUGUGGAAGAGCCACGGACCCGACUUGAAGAAAGCAUCUCACAGCUCCGACAUCACUGUGAGCCAUAUACAAGUUGGUGUCAGGAAACAUACUCCCAAACUAAGCCCAAGAUGCAAACUUUGGUUCAAUGGGGGUUAGACAGCUAUGAAUAUCUCCAAAAUGCACCUCCUGGAUUUUUUCCAAGACUUGGUGUUAUUGGUUUUGCUGGCCUUGUUGGACUCCUUUUGGCUAGAGGUUCAAAAGUAAAGAAGCUGGUGUAUCCACCUGGUUUCAUGGGUUUAGCUGCCUCUAUCUAUUAUCCACAACAAGCCAUCACAUUUGUCCAGGUCAGUGGGGAGAAAUUAUAUGACUGGGGUUUACGAGGAUACAUAGUCGUAGAAGAUUUGUGGAAGGCGAACUUUCAAAAGCCAGGAAAUGUGAAGAAUUCACCUGGAAAUAAGUAGAAAAUUCCAUUGCCUGCCCAUUUUAAUCAGUUAUAGGUAAACAUUGGAAACUCCAUACAGUAAAUCAAUAUUUCUACAAAAAAAUGGCAGAGAAGUCAGUAUCGAAUGUAUUAAACUGGGUCUCUUCAGGAAAAACUGUACUAGGCCUCUGUUAUCUUGGGUGAUACCAUCCUACAAGCAAACUAAUCUGAAAUUUUUUCACCUAGAGAUAAUGUAUAAGCCUUAGAAUUCCUCAUUCUCAUGUUGCUAUUUAUGUACAUAAUUAAAAUUCAAGUUAAAA